AUGGGUUUCAAGCACAAAAGAAGCAUUGUUGCCCCUAAAAUAGGUGCAUGUUCGAAGAUGACGGCCUUCUGGAUGGGUUUUGCUAAUAAGUGUAUAGGUUAGUGACUAAUUAUGCAAUUGUUCCUAACUUUUAAUGUCAGUGACGAAAUACUCCCAAUUCGGAAAGAUCGAUGAACGUAUUCCAUUUUUUCGUCAAACAUCCAAACGUCGAUGAGAAAUUUGAAUCUCAGUACGGUGGUGUUGCCGGUGCUGUUUGCACUUGCUCUCUUGUCGUCAAUCGAUGGUGCCCUCAAAGGAUCAGGUCUACAAUGGCAGACUCUUACUAAAUCAAACUACUCCUCCCAGAUUCGUCUCCAUCCUCGCCUUCUUCUCCUUGUUACUGUUCCAUGGUCAGGUGAAUCACGGACCCUUAUGAAGGAAUUAGCCCACGCAGUUGCAAGCAAUCAAGACAUGUUUGCCAACUUGAAGCUUAUGGUCUUGCAUAGAAAUACUGAGAGGAUGCUUGCAGAUGCCCUUGGUGCUACUGACCGAAUAACGAUUCUUUACUACCACAAUUCCUUCUCUUACAAGUAUUCAGGGAAACUCCGAGUUCAAAACAUAUUAUCGUCUGUUGAUUAUGUAAUGUCGCUUCCGCCUGAUGAGCUACCACUCAAAUCCUUAACAACGCCAGAGGAGUUGGGAGAUUUCCUUGAUUCAACAGACAAGGCUGUAUUUCUCCUGGAAUUUUGUGGAUGGACUCCAAGAUUACUGACCAAGGGCAAGAAUUCAACUCAAAAUGGAUUUGAACGGUAUUUGGGAUUGGACUUCCCUGGAGAGGACAAUGGAACUCUUGCAGCCAGGGAGAAGAAGUGGAAGCAGGAGAUGGGAGACAACAAACUAAAAUCAGGUAUUGACAAUGGAUUUAGUCAUAUUGAUUGGCCGAGUGAGUUUACCUCUGUAAAUGAAAGUGGGGAGGCAGAAAAUGCUUCACUUAGUGCUGGAGACUCUAGCACUUCAUUGGAGUUCCAGCAUUUUGAAUCUUUCUUACACAAGUUUAUGAAAGUUGCUCGAGAGUUUUUCCUUCCUCCGGAGAGGAUAAGAUUUGCCUUGAUUCAUGAGAGAUCACUUCUGCCGUUGCUAAAUAUAGAAGAUUCUGGUUCAUGGUUGAUGACAGUUCACUUUGCUGGAUGUCUCAGUUGUUUAAAGGUUAUCAGAGACAGUGAUGAACUGAGAACUGUUCUACAAACCCAAGUUUCACCUGUUGUAGAGCUCGAAGAUGAUCUUUUUGAAGCUGAGCCAGCUUUACCUGCAAAAAGGCCAACAAUAUUUCUUUUCAUCGAUAGAUCAUCUGAUUCAAUGGAAGUAAGAAGGCAGAGCAAGCAAGCUCUCAAAACUUUUAGAGAGUUAGCACAAAGCUAUAAGAUGUUGAAUUGGACUAAUGAAGAACCCACUAUCAAGCAAGAUAAGACCAUAAGGGAAACUUAUCAAUCGUCACCGGGUACAGCCAAACACCCUAGACUCCAGCUUUUUCCAGCAUCUCAAAAAUUAAAGGAAAAGAUGUCUGUAAUGAUUAUGAAUGAUGGGCAACAAUUUACACUAGAAAAAUUUGUUUCAGACCUUCAAGGUAGUUCUUUGAAUGAGAUCUUGACAUAUGCACUUCAGCAAAAGAAAGAAUUAAAAUUAAGUUCACUUGCAAAAGAUGCAGGAUUUCAACUUUUAUCUGAAGAUUUUGAUUUGAAUGUUUUGGAAUCUUUACCAGCACAGGGUGACGUGCAGUCUGAUCAAGUUUUUGGAGACCCUGUUAAAGGUCGUAUUGAGGGCCCUAUUGAUAUAGAUAAGAAUCAGAUGUCAUCUGGAAGUUCCAGUGAGGAGCACGAGGAGCUAUCCAGUCCUACUGACACGAAAUAUAUUAUGCUGGAAGAUAAGGAAAAAUCUUUGGACAAAAGCACACAAUCAUCCAUUGAAUUCGAAUCUAGUCAUCAUCAUAUGAAUAUUGCAACUGAUAGUGCUCAAGAUUUGAAUGUUGAGGAGAAAAGACUCUAUGGGCUAGGUGUAAAAAAACAACAGAAAAGUUUUGGGGGCUCUUUUUUCUUUCUGGAUGGUAAUUAUGGAUUUCUUGAAAGUUUAACUGCUGGAUCCAAGAUUCCGUCAGUUGUGAUUCUUGAUCCCAGUUUGCAGCAACAUUAUGUCUUGUCUGAGCAGUCAGUUUUCAGCUAUUCUUUACUUUCUGAUUUUGUUAAUGGAUUCCUUAGUGGAAGUCUUCCUCCGUAUCAACAAUCGGCUCCUGGAGUUCCAAGCCAAAGGGAGGCUACAACUCCACCAUUUGUUAAUCUGGAUUUUCACGAGGCAGAUUCUAUUCCUCAAGUCACAACUCAAACUUUUGCUGAGCUGGUUGUUGGUAAUAAAUCUGAUCCCAAGAAUGUUGGGCAUUCUUGUGAUAGGAACGUGUUGGUUCUUUUUAGCUAUAGUUGGUGUGGUUUUUGCCAGAGGAUGGAAAUGGUUGUUCGUGAAGUUUACCGAGCAAUUAAGGGCUAUGCAGAUAUAAAGAGGAAGGAAUUAAGGAAGGAGAAAUUAAUGCUGACUGGUGAGUAUGCGGAUGCUGUGUCGAAGCUCCCACUUAUAUAUUUGAUGGAUUGUAUGCAAAAUGAUUGCAGCUUGAUCCGGAAACCUACAUUGCAGAGGGAACUUUAUCCGCGUCUGGUUUUAUUUCCACCAGAAAGGGAAAAGGCCGUGCCUUAUGAUGGAGAUAUUACUGUAGCUGACGUCAUCAAAUUUUUAGUUGCUCAUGGGAGUCAUUUACUUGAUCUUGUCAAGGAUAAAGAUAUUGUACAGGGGCAGAAUUUAGACAAAGUUGGUCCUCAGACCACAAACUUGCAGCACGAAAUUCUGCUGGGUGAAAGGUUGCCGAAAGUGGGAGCUAAGGACAAGAAGAUUGGAGCACGUUUCCCUGUUAACUCGAAUGAAAGGCUUCAAGUGGUUGCUGGUUGCAUUCUAACUGCAAGUGAAAAGCUUUUGGAUGUCCAUCCUUUUGAUGAGUCUAAAAUUCUUAUCGUGAAGGUGGAUCAAGGAUUUCAAGGUCUGAUUAUCAAUAAACAUAUAAGUUGGGAUAGCAUUGAAGAAGGUUCAGAAUUUUUAAAAGAGGCACCCCUGUCUUUUGGUGGUCCUUUGGUGAGGCAAGGAAUGCCACUUGUUACUUUAUCUCGCAAGUUUUCGAAAGAUGAGAGUGUUGAAGUGUUACCUGGCAUUUAUUUCCAUGAUCAGUGGGCCACAGUUCACCUAAUAAACGAAAUUAGAGCAGGAAACCAAACUGUUCAUGACUACUGGUUCUUUUUAGGAUACUCGAGUUGGGGUUGGGACCAACUAUUUCAUGAGAUUGCACAAGGAGCUUGGAAUGUAAGCAAAGGCAAUUUGGAAGAACUAGAGUGGCAGUGGAGGUGAUGCACUAGAAGAAUCACUACAAGAAACAAUGCCGGCCUUAAAGGUAGAAGAAUCAGUAGUGUCCUGCAAACGUGACACCACUUUUCUCUCAGGCUGUCUCCCAGCUUAUCCUAAACCCUCUUUAACUCUCACACAAAUCAUAGCACUACUUACCUCCCCAAAUUCCUGUCCUCUUCCCCUCUUCUUGAGAACUCGACUCUUCCCUUCCUCUGACUCCCCUUCGUUGUCCCCUUGGCCAGCAAAAUAAUGGAGCUCAACACCUCAUAACUCCACUUCUCUCCAACCCUCUCCCCAGCAUUAAUAGGUUAUAUAGGGCAGCGUGUUGCCGUUCAGGCAGGGUAGGAAAAGAGAAUUGUACAAAUAACAUUACUUGUUCACGCAACAUGGGAGGAGCUAACGACUCCAUAUCUCCCAACUCCCCUCCAACACCCGCUUCCCUUCACAUUCGGUCAUCCCACAACCUGCUAUUUUCCAUGACCCAUUUCAAUCCCUUCAACCACGUGAAACAGGAGCAUUGUUGGACUAGGAAUGGUCGCGUUCACGACCACCCAUGCCCCCUCUCCCCUCAUGUUCAUUGGCUGUCGUACAACCUAUCUUUUUCCCUGAAAUUCCCCUAUUUUUCUCUUUAAGGGGAUCGGUGGAUUUUACCCAGGUCACCAGCCUGGUAAGGCUUCACCCUUGUUCUUUCUCCCUCGAAACAGGUGUAGGUGCUAUCAGCCAAGAAUCGAACCAUCAGCAUCACACACUCAAAAGCCCUUGUGACCAAUAUUUCCACACUCCUGAAAAACGCCGGUAGCUGUUCGUAUUGAAAAAUAAUAUUGAAAUCGGUCUUCAGUUCAUCAAUAUAAACCCCAUUGUAAUCAAUUGUUCAUUGAGAGACCAAGAACCCCAUAGUAAACUCUCUCUGUCUCACGGGCUGCGAAUGUGGAAAGCAAGGAUGUUCACUUGAUGCCUUCUUUUCUGUUCUGAAUUGUGUUCAGUCUUCCAUCACUCAGAAAUUUCCGAUUGAUUGGAAUCCGAUGCUUAUGUGUUUCAGUCAGUUUCAGUUCCGUGCAAAGUUUGGAGAAAUCCAUGCUAUCCAUGAGAGCAGGUAAUUAUGGGGAAAAAAAUUCAUCCAUCAACCAUCAGGAUGAGCGGUAUGAUAACCGGAAAAUUCCGCCGGCAACAGCUAGGUUGACGCAGAAAAACUCGGAAGGAAAAUUCAGAAUUAAUUAACUGCUCAUUAGGUUCAUCGCCUAUCACUGUGAUCAUGAUAUGUGUAAUUUACCUGUUAAACAAUUAAUGCAACUUAAAAAGAUUCUGUAACUCAAUCACUCUAUACAAGGUGUCAAAGUCAAUGAAAGAUUCAAAACAAAGCGAACUAUGUGGUGAUGGUUGGAAAUGAUUUGUUACUUUUGUAAAUUGGAGUGAUUUAUAUAGUGGAAGUUUAGCGGUUGGAUUUGGGACCCAAAUGAUAACAAGUCUUUGAAAGGUUAGAGCUAUCUCCCAUUGGAUUCAGUCCUAAGGCCACGAGUGCGGUCAGCUCCUUGUAUUAUAU